UUUUUGCCAGCACUAGUCUCACGUUGAACGCGAAAAAGCCGACACCAUGCAACUUGCUCUUGCCAAAGUUUUCAGCGUCUGCAUUGUGGUCAUAAUCUUGACAAGCUGGAUAGAAAUGACCGAAGCGACUUACAGAAAGCCACCAUUCAACGGAUCAAUCUUCGGGAAAAGGGGCGCAACUAUUGAGUACGACAGCGCAAGCAAGGCCCUGUCCGCAAUGUGCGAAAUCGCAAGCGAGGCCUGUCAGACCUGGUUUCCCUCUCAAGAAAAGUAAAAACUCCACUGGACAAUACUCGCAGAAAAUGGUACUCAUCGUUUAUUUAUCUUAAUUUUAUAAAUGUAGCAAAGUAGUCAAAUAAAAGCAAAUGAAGACA